AUGGUGAAACGUGGCAACGAUGCGGUGCACUGGUACAUGACAGAGGUGGGAGCUCGAGUGGUGGCGAAGACCGGGAUCCCUUCAGACAGACAUCACCUCGGGAAGCUGAUGCUGCAUAGCCUGCAAGACGAUCCCGACUUUAUUCUACAGAUCGAUGGAGCGACGGGAGAGUCAGAAACCUUCGGCUCAGCUUUAGACAGGAGCAUCAGAUGUGCUGUCUCUCUCACCAACAUGGGGCUGAAAAAAGGCGACGUCAUGGUGCUGAUGGGACCAAACCACAUAGAUUACUGUAUACCUCAUACUGCUGGACUAUUUCUUGGACUUAAAGUAGCUUCUAUCGAUGCUACAUUAUGUGUCAACGAACUAGAGCAAUUAUUUGAAACUAAUCGGCCGAAGAUUAUUUUUGCUCAGACCAAAAAAUUAAGAGAUAUAAAUGAAGCACUGUCUUCGUCUAAAGUCGAUGCGAAAAUUGUGACUUUUGACAGUUAUAGUGAACGCACAUUGGCUCAACUUUUGGAUAACGCAGAUGAAGUGUCAGUAAAGAAAUUUCAACCAACUGACUUGGAUCCCAGCAGCACAAUAGCUUUCCUUACAUCUACCAGCGGCACAACAGGGAUUCCAAAGACGGCCAUGAUAACACACGAGAACUUAGCUAUAUCACUGCCUUACAUCUGGAAAACUAUGAGCAAAUUCCCAUCGCCGGUGAAGAUAUCGUUCGUGGUGUCACCAGCGCAGUGGAUCACAACUGGAUUCAACUACCUCUUCUCUCCAGUCCUCAAGUUUACUAGACUGCAGACAUCAGCACCAGUCACUCCAGAACAUUUUGCAGAUCUAGUCGAUAAAUACAGGCCUAACUAUAUUCUUUGCAACCCAGUGCUGAUGAGGACAUUAGCUGAGCGAGCCAACUGCGACUUCACCUGCUUUGAACAAAUGACUUUAGCGGGCAGCUAUGUAACACCAGAGCUGGUUGAGAAAAUGAAGAAGAUGACUCAAUCUGAAGAUAUUUUCGUACAUUACGGUAUGAGUGAACUCAGUGGUACUGCUUUUGUCCACGACUGUCCAGCACCACCAGGAUCUUGUGGAAGACCAGCUGGUUCCUUUGACUGCAAAUUAGUGGAUCCAGAGACACAUAAAGAAGUGACUGAACCUCACGUACCAGGAGAAUUAUGGUUCAAGGGUCCUGCUGUAUUUAAAGGAUACCACAAUAAUCCAGAAGUGACAAGAGAGACGUUCAGUGAUGACGGCUGGUUCCGAUGUGGGGAUAUUUUCUACAGAGAUGAAUCUUGGAACGUGUAUUUUGUGGAACGAUAUAAGUCACUAUUGAAGUACAAUAAUCAUCAGGUGUCUCCGUUAGAAGUCGAAAUGAUGAUAAUGAAGCACCCUGAAGUAUUCCAAGUAGCAGUGACAGGUAUACCGGACAGAGAGUGCGGGGACCUGGCGGUGGCGUGCGUUGUACCCAAGCCUGGCUGCAGCCCCACAGCGCAGGAGAUCAAAGACCUGGUCAAAGAAAACCUGACGGAGACAAAGCAUUUAAGAGGAGGAGUGAUCUUCAUGAACAGUUUACCCAUCACCAGCGCAUCCAAGAUUAACAGACAGAAGCUGAAGGAACUGGCACUCGCAAUGCCAAGAGAAUGA